AUGGCAACAGGCACGCACGAGAUGGCGAGACGGCGAGACGCUCUUGCGCUGCCUCGGACUGAAGCUGUGCUGACUCCGCCUUCUUCGCUCUCGGCUACGGCUGUGGGCCUCUCGUCGGCUACGCUCUCGUUUACUCUCCCGGCGGUGCUUCCGUGUUGCUUCUCCAUUCAUUACUCUGGUGAUGACAUCCCGGGCGCAGAGGUCAUUCUCGAGCUGAUGGUCGAGGAGACGUGGAGCCCGUCGACGAGCCAGUCUUUUGAGCUCAAGGCUCUGCCGUCCAACGCCUCGGUCACGGUGUGGAUGGAGAGUCAUGAUGCGGCCGUUGGCAUUGCUGGACGUAACUCGUCGGCGCCGACCUCGUCGAUUGUAGUCCAGACAAAGGCUGCAGCGCUCUCGUGCAACUCGCCCAUUGCCAUGGCCUCAUCGGCUGCGUUUGGCAACCGCUUCCGCGGCAACAACUAUGUCAUCGGCUCGACAGAAUCCGUUCUCGUCGACUUUGGCCUUCAACUGGAUAUUUCGUCGUCGAUGACGAUCUACUUUGCGGUGUACGAAAAGGUGUCGGGCUCAAGCGGAUAUGUCGAGAUCUUGCGCGAAUCGCGGGUGGCCGUGCCGUCGGAGGGCACAUACAAGUACCACUCGGGCGGCGGUGCUCGCUCGCUUGCGCUUGUUCUCAAACCAUUUGCCGAGUACGUCAUCGGCUCUUUCUGGCUCGCCGAGACGCCAACGUACUUUUUCUCGUCAUCGGCGCCGGCCGUUACCUCGUUCUGCUUUGGCGACCUCGACUCGGGCGCCGCCGCCAGCGUGGGUUCGGCGUCAGGGCCAACGCCGUCGUCGAUCUCGCUCAGCUCGUACUACGGUAUGGACGUGGUUGUUGCCGCAGCUGACUCACUGCCGCCGUCGCCGUCGCUUGCCGUCUCGCAGUUGCGGCCUGAUUCAGCGGCGGUUGCGGCUGGGCCGAUUGUGUUUAGCUCGCCGCUGCUCGAGUACCAUGCGCUGCUCGCAACGCGGCCUGUCGGCCCGUCCUCAGUCUACCGCCGGCUUGAUCUCGGUGGUACGGCCGGAACACUGGUCAAGGUUCGCGGCCUCAGCGCUGCAACCGACUACGCUGCCUUUCAGCUGGUCUCGGUCUCGAACGAUGUGUCGGACCUCUCCGCGGCCGUCAAUUUUACUACGCCGCCGCUGCCUGUUGUGGCGCCGGCUGCCGCGCCGACGGCCACAGUCCGUGUUGUUGGACGUUCGCUGGCCGUGACGUGGAAUGAGGUCGACGCGUUUCCGACCUCACACGUUGUCGGCUACCGUGUUGCUGGCUCGAGCUCUGCGUAUACCACUGUGGCACUCGGCGUGGUGUUUGAGCACUCGUUUGACCUCCUCGACUUUGAGACAACGUACGAGGUUGUAGUCACCGCGUACAACGGAAUCGGCCCGUCGCCGACCUCGAGCCCGGUCGAGGGCACCAUUCCGGCCCUGCUCUGCAUCGACGAGCCCAAUCCCGGGCUUCCAACUCGCGUCUCGACCACCUCGCGCAGCGGGUAUGUGGCCAACCUGGUGGUGCCCAGCCGCCCGUUGGCACUCUCGGAAAUCAAGGUCUACGCUGUGUAUGACGGCAUCAAGACCCUGAGGUUCCUCGUCCGCAAGGUUGCGGACGGCGAGGUGCCGUUUGCGGCGGGCCCGCGCGACCUUAGCACUAAGCCUGCCGAUGUGCUUGUCGACAAGUCGUUGGUCAUCGACGCGACCGUUGCCGACUCUCCGGCGUUCAAGUCGUCAGGGCCUGUCCAGGCGCUGCUUGUUCCGGGUGAGACAUACCACGUCGGAGUCAUCUUCUCGUCGGCGGCCUCGCUCAAGUACAUGACCGACUGCGACGAGGGCCUGUGCACCUCGGACCCGGCGAGCGCGCCAAGCGGGCUCUGCCUCAACCCUGUCGGCUCGGCUACUCGGUCCGGAGUGGCGACAACUGGCGAUGCGGCGACAAUUGCGACGACGUCGGUGAGCUACGGCUUUUCGCGCUACUUUAUGGAGCUCUCACUGCUUGCGCUUGCUGACGCACCGCCGACUGACCUGCGUCUCGCGGUAGGCAGCACGGUCCUGCCGACCUCGGCGCAGGUGGCGUGGAAGACGCCGCUGUCGGGCGUGCCGUCGGUCGGCUACCUUGUACAGCUCUCGACGACGUCAGCGGCCGGCCCAUGGUCCGAUGUCCUGUCGACGGCGAGCACGUCUGUUGAGGUGACCGGCCUCGCCGGCGGAACCACCUCGUGGCUCCGCGUUGUGGUCUCGGGCUCGACAAGCCUUGCCUCCAACACGCUGAGCGUGACGACGCCGCCGCUGCCGGUUGCGGCGCCAGCGGCUCCGACGGGAGUCUCAGCCAGCAUCAACAGCGCGACGGGCCAGCUCGACGUGGCGUUUGGAGGCUCAAUCACGGCGACGUCGUACGAGCUCCGGCUUCAGUGGGUCGGGAUCCAGAGCGAUGUUAGUGUUGUCGACAUUGGCACUGCGACCGUGGUCAACAUUACCCAGCCGUUUGCUCUGCCGAACACGGAGCUGGCAGUUGUGGUGGCGGCGGUCAAUGCUGUCGGGUCGACGGCGGCGGCAGCGGUGACACUGGUCACGCCUCAGAGCUCGGUCGGGCCGCCACCUACGCCCGGGCCGGCCUCGAUUAUCUCUGCGUCAACUGUGCUCUCAGAUCUUUGUCCGUACGGCAUGCCGGCGACCGGCUCGAAAUCGGGUGUGUCGCGAGUCGGCGGCGUGUACUACGCGCGCGAAGAGUUUACACUCCGGUAUCUUGCGAUCCAACUGUACUCGACGCAGUCAACUGCGACGCGGAACUUGGCCGUGACCAUCCGCAGCUCGACGCAUGCCUCGUUUGACUUGUUUGACGUUGUUCUGUACUCGCAGUCGCACUUCUUUUCGUCGUCGCCAGGCCUCCUGCCGCCGAGCUCGUCGCGGUAUCUGAUGACCCGCGAGGCGAUCAACGUCGUUAUUCCGGCUGGCACUUAUUAUCGCAUUGAUGUGGCGGUGAGCUCCCUCUCGCUGGCACAAUCCAACCUGUUUGAGUUUGCCAGCCAAGCGUGUAACCUGGUGACAACGUCGGCGGUGGUGCCCGUGGCGACGUACCUUGACGAUUCGAGCUCAUCGUCGCGCCCGCCGCCGCCGCCGCCGCCGCCGCCGUCGCCGCCGCCGGGUGCACCGCCGUCGCCACCACCGCCGCCGCCGCUGAAUAUCCAAGACGUGUACUCGCAGGCACGAUCGACACCUCUGGUGUUGAUGCUGGCGCGUGUGAGUAGCGCGAUCUACGCAGCGCCACCGCGCGAUGUGCAGAUCACCACGCCGUAUCCGAGCUCUGCGGUGGUGACGUGGCGCGAGCCAAUCUUUGGCGUGCCAGACAGCUACCGGGUGAGCUACCGGUUGACUGGCGAGUCUUUCUGGCACGAGGUGGCUGCCGACGCAGUGGCUUCGCGUGUCGAGUCGCCGUCGGCCGACGCAUGCUUUGACGACGGACCCAAGCCCCUUGAGCCGGCCGCGAGUGGCGUGGCCACCCGCCACUACUACGGCGGGUGCUGGAGCCCAGAGUUUGGGUCGGACGACGACGUGUUUGACUUUUACGUCGCCGCCAACCACAACUCGGCGUCGAGCUCGUGGGAAGUUGAGCUUGACGGUGAGACGCUGACCUCGGGUGCGCCGUCUCGGCUCUCUGGCUCGAUCGGAUUGCCGUCGCACUGCCCGAGCGUGAACCAAAAGUGGUUCAAGUGGUCCGGUUACACGAUUGCGGCCGGGACACACAGCGUGGUGUUCAAGGAAAUCUCGGGCUCGUCGUCGUCGGCGCUGACCAUGGUGGUCAAGCCGAGCUCGACAGGCACCAUCGCCGGGGUCUUUGCGACACGGGUGAGCGGGCUUGUGGCCGGCGGUGAGUAUGAGUUCCGGGUCCACUCUGUGAUGGCAUCAGCCAAGAAUCCGAUCUCGCCUCCAGCAGCGGCUGCCGGUGGUAGCGUGCAGCUGCCUGCGGCACCGACGAGUGCGCCUGCGGCACUGCAGCUGACUCGGGCCGAUGUGGCGGGUGUGCAGGCGCGGUUUGCGUGGUCGCUGGGGGCUCGGGCGCCCGAGUACGUCACCCACGUGUCGGUGGUGAUGGAGCCGGUGGCAAGCGGGCGGCGUGUCGAGAUGGUGGUUGAUCGCGAGGAGUGCUCGGCGGUGGUCUCGGGCCUCUCAGAGUUCACCAGCUACCGCUACAAUGUGACGGCGUACAACGCGGUCGGCGCGUCGCAGCUGGUGACCGGCGCCAUGCAGACCGGUGCCGGAUUCCGUACGACACCACGGUUCCGGCCGGUCUUGUCCAAAGUCGGCAUUGCGCUCCUCUCGACCUUCCUCAUCCUCGGCUUCCUCCUCACCUGCCUUGCUGUCAAGGCGUGCUACGACCGCGGCGCGUUCCCGGAGGACUACGUCCGGGUGGCGCAGACCGGCGGGCCUCGCGCCAGAGCUUCGGCGUCGAGCGCUAUGGUAGAUCUGGAGGCGACGCCGAUUCCAGCGCCGUUUCCGGCCCUGCCGGCAGGCAUGAAUGCUGCCAUCACGUCAUCUGAUGACGACGUGGGCUAUGGCAUGGACAUCUUUGACGUCAAGCCGCGAGCCCGCGCCGGCAGCAUUCCGGACCCGCCGCCGCUCCCGCCCGGCAGCGAUGGAGCAACGCUGCCUGCGCUCCCAUCGUACGGCGAAGCCAUUGAUCUCAAGAACCUGUAGCUUGCGCCAGGCGUCGGUUGGCGUUGGUUAGCGUCGGCGUCAAAGACUGACCUUUGCAGCGGCAAGCGCAAUUUUUGCGGGGCGCGGCACGCUCAGCGGUGCGGUGGAAAAGCAAACGUGUGGGUCAUCGCAGGA